AAAAUAAAAUGAAAUAUAAUAAAGUAGAAAAUCCCAGAGCGUUUUGUACACUGCAGUAGUAAUAUUUUUGUGUGAGAUUUUCUUUCAUUUCCGUAUCUCGCACGUACAGUGUGUUGGGUUGUGAUAUGAACUAUAAUCUUGCUGUGGCUUGUUAAGAAAAACACUAAAUCUGCUGUUUCGGCAGAUUUCUUGCUUCCUGGGGGCCGGGCCGGUCUCCUCAGUGGCUCUGUUUCUGUCUCUGAGGAGAGUCACCCCUAAACCCGAGUACUAACCGGCUCAGAGUGUGCUCAUAACUGCCGAAUGAAUGUGCGCUCAGGGAAACUAGUACCUUACGUGACCAGUUUGGUGAUACCAGGUUUUUCUCAUGUUUUGUUUUGUGUUGUUUGUUUGGGGUUUGUGUAUAUUUCCGAUCUUUUUAUUUUAGAAAAUAUUGAUGCUGAUGGACAGGGAUUUUGUCAAGGAGGAUUCAGCAUUGAUUUUACUAACGCCGACAGAGUACUUCUCGGUGGUCCUGGCAGCUUCUACUGGCAAGGUCAGCUCAUUUCGGAUCAAGUGGCCGAAAUCAUCUCCAAAUACGACCCCAAUGUCUACAGCAUCAAGUACAGCCACCAGCUGGCCACUCGUGCAGCACAAGCAGUGUUUGAUGACAGCUAUUUGGGUUACUCGGUGGCUGUGGGAGAUUUCAACGGAGACGGCGUGGACGACUUUGUUUCAGGAGUUCCCAGAGCGGCGAGGACUUUGGGAAUGGUUUAUAUUUACGAUGGGAAAAACAUGUCCUCCUUACACAAUUUCACCGGUGAGCAGAUGGCCGCGUAUUUUGGAUUCUCUGUGGCCGCCACUGACGUUAAUGGGGAUGACCUCGCGGACGUGUUCAUCGGAACCCCGCUCUUCAUGGACCGGGGCUCGGACGGCAAGCUGCAGGAAGUGGGGCAGGUCUCGCUGUGCCUGCAGGCGGCGUCCGGGGGCUUCCAGACCACCAAGCUCACUGGCCUCGAGGUCUUCGCGCGCUUCGGCAGCGCCAUCGCGCCCCUGGGGGACCUGGACCAGGACGGAUUCAACGAUGUGGCCAUCGCGGCCCCCUACGGCGGAGAGGACAUGCAGGGCCUGGUGUACAUCUUCAACGGGAGGGCAGCUGGCCUGACUUCGUCACCGUCGCAGACCCUGGCAGGGCAGUGGGCCGCACGCAGCAUGCCACCCAGCUUUGGCUACGCCCUCAAGGGCGAGGCGGACGUGGACCGCAACGGCUACCCAGACUUACUUGUGGGGGCCUUCGGCGUAGACCGAGCUGUCUUAUACAGAGCCAGACCAGUUAUCACCGUCAAUGCUGGCCUUGAAGUGUCACCCAGCAUUUUAAAUCAGGACAAUAAAACUUGCCCGCUCCCUGGGACAGGACUCAAAGUUUCCUGCUUUAAUGUCAGAUUCUGCUUAAAGGCAGAUGGCAAAGGAGCACUUCCGAGGAAGCUUAACUUCCAGGUGGAGCUUCUUUUGGAUAAACUCAAGCACAAAGGAGCAAUUCGCAGAGCACUGUUUCUCCAUAACAGGUCCCCGGGUCACUCCAAGAACAUGACCAUCUCAAGGGGGGGCCAGAAGCAGUGCGAGGAGCUGGGGGCCUAUCUGCGGGACGAAUCUGAAUUUAGAGACAAACUCACCCCAAUCACUAUUUUCAUGGAGUACAAGUUGGAUUACAGGACGGCGGCGGAUGCCACGGGCCUACAGCCCAUCCUCAACCAGUUCACGCCCGCCGACAUCAGUCGUCAGGCACAUAUUCUGCUUGACUGUGGUGAAGACAAUAUCUGUAAACCCAAGCUGGAGGUUUCUGUAGAUAGUGAUCAAAGGAAGAUUUAUAUUGGGGACGACAACCCUCUGACAUUGAUCGUGAAGGCGCAGAACCAAGGAGAAGGCGCCUACGAGGCCGAGCUCCUGGUGUCGCUUCCCCCGCAGGCCGACUUCAUCGGGGUCGUGCGCAACAGCGAGGCAUUAGCAAGACUCUCUUGUGCGUUUAAGACAGAAAACCAAACCCGCCAGGUGGUGUGUGACCUAGGAAACCCCAUGAAGGCCGGGACCCAACUCUUAGCUGGUCUUCGUUUCAGUGUACACCAGCAAUCAGAAAUGGAUACUUCUGUGAAAUUUGAUUUACAGAUCCAAAGCUCUAAUCUUUUUGACAGAGUGAGCCCAGUUGUGUCUUACAAAGUUGACCUUGCUGUGUUAGCUGCUGUUGAGAUAAGAGGAGUUUCAAGCCCUGAUCAUAUCUUUCUUCCAAUUCCAAACUGGGAGCACAAGGAGAACCCUGAGACUGAAGAAGACAUCGGGCCUGUUGUUCAGCACAUCUAUGAGCUGAGAAACAACGGCCCAAGUUCAUUCAGCAAGGCAAUGCUCAAUCUUCAGUGGCCCUACAAAUACAACAACAGCACCCUGCUGUACAUCCUGCACUAUGACAUUGAUGGGCCAAUGAACUGCACUUCGGACGUGGAGAUCAACCCUCUGAGGAUUAAGAUCUCGUCUUUGCAAGCAGCUGACAAGAAUGACACAAGUGUUGGGCAAGGUGACCGGAACCAUCUCAUCGCCAAGCGGGAUCUCGCCCUUAGUGAGGGAGACAUUCACACUUUGGGCUGUGGAGUCGCCCAGUGCUUGAAGAUCGUCUGCCAGGUUGGGCGGCUGGACAGGGGCAAGAGCGCCAUCCUCUACGUGAAGUCCCUGCUGUGGACUGAGACCUUCAUGAAUAAGGAGAACCAGAACCAUUCCUACUCGCUGAAGUCUUCCGCUUCCUUCAGUGUCAUAGAGUUCCCGUACAAGAACCUUCCCAUUGAGGACGUCUCUAACUCCACGCUGGUUACCACUGACAUCACCUGGGGCAUUCAGCCCACGCCCAUGCCUGUGCCCGUGUGGGUGAUCAUUUUAGCUGUUCUCGCGGGGCUGCUGCUGCUGGCUGUGUUGGUGUUCGUAAUGCACAGGAUGGGCUUCUUUAAACGUGUCCGGCCACCCCAAGAAGAACAAGAAAGGGAACACCUUCAGCCUCAGGAAAAUGGUGAAGGAAACUCAGAAGCCUAACCACGACUCUUAAGUUAGGCUGCAUCUCGAUUCAUCAGGAUUAACAACUUGAUUAUCAAUUUGCAAUUUCUUCACAAGGAACAAGAUUUCAUUCGGGGCUGCUGGUGGGACCCAGUGGCCUCAGUUUCACCGCAAAAUAGAGAGCAAUGUCUGUCCACCUCCUUUUUAUAAAUAAGUUCACACAUGCAUUUAAUAUGUGUACACUGACUUCGGUUUUUAGAGAUUUAAAUAAUGAAAUUUUAAGCGAUGGUUCUCAUUCACAACAUAAACCAGGUAGUGCCUGAGUUACUACUGGAUAUAAAACAGUGCUUCCUACAGUUACUACUUCUGAGCGAGUGCGUGGCUUUUCACUGUUCGUUGCUAUAGUUUGAAAGCAAUUCACCCUUGCCCAGUAGUCCCCUCGGUUUUGGUCCUGGAACUCAGUCUGAUACCCAUUACACUACAGUUGCCUUUUCAAGCUACUCAAGACUUUGUAGUUGCAUAAAAUUGGGUUUUAAUACCAUGUAUAGGUAAAAGUUUUUAAAAACAGUGUGCUACAUCACAACUCCUCCCUGGAGGAUAGAGGUGAAUUUCAGGGCCUGAGCACUUACUUGGCGUGUCCACAGCCCGAAUUCAACCCCCAGCACUGGAAAAAAUAAUUUCUUUCCCAUAAUAGCCGCGGUACGGUAUUUGAAUAUGAAAACUGGGUACAUGGUAUUAAAUAUUUAUAUUUAAUCUGCAAUCUAUUUUUAUUACACUUGUAUAAUUUAAGUUCUGCGUCAUCGGUCAAACCACCUUAUAUUAAAAAUUAAUUCUGUAAUCAAAAAUGCCUUUUUCUGUGUAAUAAUAUGUUUAGUUUCAGAUAAACAUGCUUAAAGCCAUAUGGAGUUGGAAAUUGUUUCCAAACUACUUCUAGUCCAUUGUUUUCAUCUGGUUAUUUUCAAUUCAAAAAAGGAAGCAUUUUAAUUAAAAGUCUAUGCUUGCAGUUUUUGGAUAUAAUUGGUUAUUAAUAGUAUGUUCUAACAAUAGAGCAAAGGUUUUAGUUGGUAUUAAUUUAUUUCCUUCUUUCAUCUGUAUUUUUUCUUAACACUCCUGAAACUUAACUGAGAAUAGGUUAUGAAAAUUUUUGUAACACAGGGGAACUUGAGGCCCACUCUCGCCACAUGAAAAAUGCUGAGGGUCAGAGCUGUUCAGGAAGCUCCCUGGGUUCCUUCUGGCCCUAGCACGAUGCCGCUUACAUGGUGGUACCUCAGUUUAAGCAAAGUGAUGUAUAAAACCUGUCUCAGCGAUCAGAAUAAGUGUGAAAAGCUAUUCCCACAGACAGUUCAAGUUACUGAAAACCUUUUAAAACUUAGGUUUUUAGCAUGAAUUACUUCUCUAGGGUUUUUAAUAAAAGCAGCAGAGAUGGCAAGUUAUAGUUUUAUAUGCAUGGAACAUGAUUUAUUCCCAGUUCUCAAGGCCUAGGAAUGACUAUCAGUUAUGCCUAUUUUUGUGCAAUUACAUCAUGUUGCGCACAAGAACUGGAGAGUUUAAUAACUUUUUAACUUCCGUCCUUAUUAGGCAACGAUAAAUAUUUCCCUUAAAUAAUUUGACUAUUUUUCUAUGUUUUGAAAAUAACUGAAAUUUAUCUUGUGAUAUAAUUCCAUGCACAAGCUAAUCUGGAGAAUAUUUUCAUAAAAUAGAAGCACAUUUAAGUGAGUUGCAUAAAUUAGAACAUAGAACCUAUUUAGCUUUAGUGAAUUUUAAAAUUAAGGGGUUUCAGAGUGUAGAAUUUGUUAGUAGCUUGAGAGAUCUUAAUCGUAUGCAGUCAGUAUUUUUAUCAUCAAUAAAUUUAAAUUCUAAGAAAAAAUAUUUUUAUCCUAGGACCACCAGUCACUAAAUGGGCCUAUGGCAAGUUUUUACCUUAUCUGUUUUCCUUUAUAAUACUUUUAUUCCUGAAAAUAUUCAUCAGACAGAAAUCCACUCUUUGACGAAAGUGUCAAUAUUUCAUUUUGUUCUGUUUAUUACUUUUAUGGCCUAUAUAUCAAGGAAUACUCUAUUGAGAUUGAAAUAUAUAAUAAUUGCCACUUAACAUGUUUUAAAUUGUCUGUAUAAAGGGUAGUUUAAAGUAGAGAUUUUCCUUUCAAAAUAGGAAAACAUUUCUCUCAAUAAAAAUGCAGAAUAUAAUUUGAAAGUCUGCUUUCUGAGGAAAAGGCUGAGGUUCUUUUUACCUUAAAGUAACAUAGAAAUAUAUUUGACUAAAUGUAAAAAAAAUAGUUUUAUGUAAUCUAUUUUUAUCACUAAACAUUUUUAAAUAGUAUUGGUGAUUUAUUGAGAUUAAUAUUUGAAGUAUAAAAUUCUCAUAAUGAUUCAGUUUUUAAAAUAUAAAUGAGCUAGCACAUAUUAAAAGCAUUUCUGAUAAGUGAGAAAUACACUGAUUUCUUAUAGAAGUAUUUAUUUCAGAAUUGAUAUUUUGAGAAACAUUUGUGUGAGGGUCAUUUUCCUUCUCUUGACUUUUCUCUUAUGAUUAAUUGUCAUCUUAAUUCUGAUUAAAAGAUCUUAGUUAUUCUGAAGGCAAAGCAAUUUGACCAGAUAACAUUGCCAUAGUGCUACGGUGUUAUGAAAUUACUUAUUCAUAGUUAAUUCUCACGAAUGCAAUCCUUUAUGUAAGGGGGGAUUUCAAGUGUUAGUAAAAGAGACUUUACUGGCUUCUUUACAAAAGCAUGAAAGUUUUUGACAGUAAAUCAUGACUCUUAAGGGAGAGUUAGGCAAAAAUAUGGUAUAUAAUGGAUUGGCUCGGUUUUGUAAGCAAACAGAAUGUGUAAGUUAAUACACAUUCCUGUGGGGCAGAAUAUGUUGAUGAGCCUAUUGGAGAAGGAUGAGGCUUUCUGGGAGUACUGGUGUGUCACCUUGAUUGUAUAUAUAUAUAUAUAUAUAUAUAUAUAGUUUGAUAAUUUACAAAAGGAAAAAAAUCCAAAAAUUGUGUAUGGGAUCCAAAAAGGUAAAUAAAAUUACAAAAUACUCAGUGCUUUGCAAAAUAUGCCUUUUAACUUGUUGCUUGGCUAAUUUGAGUAGUGAACCCAUGAUUGGGCAGCAUGAAUUUUGUAUACUUGCAUUUCUUUCUUUUCAAUUUCUGUUACGUAAUGACCUUCUCUGGACAGGUACUGAAUCUUAUUUUUGUUGUCUUUGUCCUCAAGUGCAAUAUAA